AAAUGUGCAUCAAGGUCAUUUCUCGUCCUUAUAAACCCUAAUUCUCCGGGAGGAGAGAGGAAGAGUAGAAAGAGAGAGAGCGAGAGAGGUGAAAGACGUGAUUUUUCUCUCCCUCGAGCGUUUUCUUCCACAAUCCAUCGGUCGAUCUCGAUUCGAGACGAAGAAAUGGCGGAUCAACUCACGGACGAUCAGAUCUCUGAGUUCAAGGAGGCUUUUAGCUUGUUCGACAAGGACGGAGAUGGUUGCAUCACAACAAAGGAGCUGGGCACUGUGAUGCGCUCAUUGGGGCAGAACCCAACUGAAGCAGAACUUCAAGACAUGAUCAAUGAGGUGGAUGCGGAUGGCAAUGGGACCAUCGACUUCCCCGAGUUCCUCAACCUCAUGGCCCGGAAGAUGAAGGACACGGACUCUGAGGAGGAGCUCAAAGAGGCCUUCCGGGUGUUUGACAAGGACCAAAAUGGCUUCAUCUCAGCGGCUGAGCUCCGCCACGUAAUGACCAACCUGGGUGAGAAGCUCACGGACGAGGAGGUAGAUGAGAUGAUACGUGAGGCGGAUGUGGAUGGUGAUGGCCAGAUCAACUAUGAGGAAUUUGUCAAAGUCAUGAUGGCAAAGUGAGAUGUCUGAUAAACAAAUGAGGAAAAAAAGAAAAAAGAAAAAAACAGAAGGAAAACCUGGACAAGACAAGCAUGAUGAGAUUGUCAUCUCCCAUCCAAUCCACUAGGAAAUUUAUUUGGGUAAAGAGAAGAAAACAGAGUCAUUAAUAGUUAGUAGUGUAUGGUCUUGUGUAUUGUGUUUCUCUCUCUCAAUGCUUGUGCCUGGUCAGGUCUCUGUCUCGUCUCUGUUCAGUGUGUGUUGCUGAUGCUCUAUCAUGUGAUGUAUUUGGGUUUGCUUUUGACAUUUUGUUUGGAUUCUUCCCCUCUUUUUUAAUCUAUUCUGUUUACCCUUAAAACUUGCA